AUGGCGCAUGGCGGGUUAUACCUCGUGGCCCUGAUCGUUUUUGCCGAAACCGGCUUGUUCAUCGGCUUCUUCCUGCCGGGCGACUCGCUGCUGUUCAUCUCAGGCCUUAUUAUUGCCAAUUCAAAAAUUGCUUCUCCUAUUGCUGCCGGACCGGUAGAUCUUACCUUCUGGAUUAUAUUGAUUUCUAUUGCCGGUAUUGUUGGUAAUAUGGUUGGUUACUGGUUCGGGCGUAAAUCCGGUCCUAUCUUAUUUGAGCGCCGGGAUACCUGGCUCUUUAAGAAAAAGCACCUGAUACAGGCCAGGGAGUUUUAUGAAAAUAAAGGCGGCGGCGCUAUUGUAUUUGCCCGUUUCCUGCCGAUUGUAAGAACCUUUGCACCCAUUGUUGCCGGUGUGGUAAAUAUGGACCGGAAGAAAUUCUCUUUCUACAAUAUCAUCGGUUCCUUUGCAUGGGUGGCCAGUAUGAUGCUGGCAGGCUAUUGGCUUGGUGGUUAUGAUGUGGUAAAGAAUAACCUGGAAAAAAUAGUAAUUGGCCUGAUACUCGUUACAACGGGGCCUGUCUUGUUUAAAAUGUUCUUUGGAAAGAAGAAACAUCCUGUACAGGAAGUUGCAGAAGAUUUAAUGGAUAAAAAUCCUUAA